UGUGUGCAGAACACUGGACUAAGCGCCCGUUCAGCUCCCGGGCCUGAACUUUGUCCGCGUGGCCUAGGCCGGGCGUGGGAAGAGGAGCCUUUUCCAGGCCCGGGACGCGCCCGAAUAGUCGCUCCAUUUGGUUGUGAGCGGAGACUGGAGCCAUGCCAAUCACGGUCACCCGCACGACCAUCACCACCACCAGUAUGUCGCCCGGUGGCGGCAACCACACUAUCGUGGGCUCCCCCCGGGCUCUGACGACUCCGCUGGGCAUCGUCCGCCUGCUCCAGCUGCUCUUCACCUGCGUCGCCUUCUCCCUGGUGGCCCACAUUGGUGGGUGGUUUGGCUCCAUGGGAGACUGGUGCAUGUUCUCCUGGUGCUUUUGCUUCGCCAUGACGCUCGUCAUCCUCCUGGUGGAGGUGGGCGGGCUCCAGCCGCGGGUCCCCGUGUCCUGGCGCAACUUUCCCAUCACCUUCGCCUGCUACGCGGCCCUCUUCUGCCUGUCCGCCUCUAUCAUCUACCCGGUCGCCUUCGUCCAGUACCUCCAUAAGGGCGAGCAGAAGGACUGUGGGAUUGCCGCCACGGUCUUCUCCAUCCUCGCCUUUCUGGCCUACACCACCGAGGUCUGCUGGACCCGGGCCCGCCCGGGUGAGGUGACGGGCUACAUGGCGACCGUGCCGGGCCUCCUGAAGGUGGUGGAGACCUUCGUGGCUUGCGUCAUCUUCGUCUUCAUCAGCAACACCAAUUCCUACGAGCGCCACGGAGCUCUCAAGUGGUGCCUGGCCGUCUACUGCAUCUUCUUCAUCCUUUCUCUGGCGGCCAUUCUGCUCUGUGUGGGCGAAUGCACCAGCUGGCUCCCGUGCUCCUUCCACACUUUCCUCAGUGGCUACACGCUCCUGGCGGUCCUGGCCUAUGCCACAGCCACGGUCCUCUGGCCACUGUACCAAUUCAGCAGUCGGUACGGGGGCCACAGCCGGCCGAGCUACUGCCCUCAGAACUACGGUAACCCGUGCCUCUGGGACAGGCUAUUGGCGGUGGCUGUGCUGACCGCCAUCAACCUGCUGGCCUACUUGGCUGACCUGAUCCACUCUGCCCGGCUCAUCUUCGUCCACGUGUGAGCAGCUGGGGGAGCGGGCAGUGAAGAGAAAGGGAUGUUGGAGGAUGGCACGUGCGAGACAAGGAGACGAGGCCCCUCUGGGGGUUCGGUGGGUGGGGUGGCUAUGCUACCUGGGUCUCCGUGGGCACCUCCGGCUUUCUCCCUCCUUCCCCUCCUUCCUUCUUUUCCUCUUUCUCUUUCAAAUGCAUAGUGCAGUGCCAUAUACCCUACAGGCUCGAUCACUUUUCCCACUUUCUGGUCCUUCCCUUCCUGUCUCUCCUCUUUUCUCUUCUUGAGGUGCUGAGCUGUCUCCACCCCUCACUUAUAUCGCUGUUCACAUCCUUGUAUCAGUGUUACCUGCCCCCCUCGGCCGGGAUUCAGGUUCCACCCUCCUGGCUGGGAUUUGAACCCAAUGACGCCAAAGCAUUUCUACCCCCUCUGGGCUUCUGUGAAUAUGUGUGUGGUCUGUAUGUGUGUGUCUGGGUGUUCGCGCGCAUGUGCACGUGUGUGUUGGGUGGGUGUGAUCUGGAUUGGGAGCUGGGGCCCAGGGCAAUGGGGAGGAGUUUUAAAUUCACUCUCCCUGUUGAGAAUAUCUGGCUGGAAGUCAACCCCCCUCCCCGCCCGCGACCAAGAGCGGCAAUUUAAAAUCCAGGCCCAAUCUUGGUACCCAAACUCCCCUUCUCCUCCCCCAGAGGCCUGAGAUAAUUUUGGUUCUCAGAUUUUGGUCCGAACAGAAGAGUCCCAGGAGGAGGAGGUAAUCUUCAAACUAGCAUCUAGAUUAGCUUCUAGAUCUAGAUUAAGGGUUUGUCCCGAUUAUCAGGGAAAAUAAAAAAAAAACUAGUGGCCAUUGUCCUGAAAUCUACGUCUGCAUAAUGAGGUAGUGAUUAUAUUUGCGCAAAGUUAAAAAAUAAUGGGGAGGGGGCGGGGGGGGGGUUAUGGUAUUAAGGGUAAUGCCUGAAGGUAGCCCUGGUAGGUGAUCAAUAAUGUGAAAGAAUGACAGGCAUCGUUUAAAAAGUGAUGUUUGAUCUGAUUAAUUCUUUAUCAGAAAGAUGAAGAAAUGGAUUUAGCCACGCUCAUCUUAAAGGCAAAGUCUGAUCCAAUGCGGUCUUUAAAAAGAUAUUUAUCUGGUGGAUAAAAGCACCAUCGCCGCUGCCAAGUCUUAAAGGCAAUGUCUGAUCCAGUGUGAUCUUUCGAAAUAUUUAUCUGGAAGACAAACAUCCUCGCCACGGCGAUCAUAAAGGCACUGCCAACGGCUUAUUUAUCUGGCUGUUACAAAUCGCCCCAGUUUUCAUUUUCCGAGGGGCAGGAUAUGUUUUGGAAUAUCUGGAAGGUGG